GAAUUUGAGAAUUUCCGCAUAAAUACAAAACCCUAUACGUCUUUCUUCUCCAUCAUUUUAAGUUGCAGAAGAACAUCAACCAUGGCGAAAGCUCUCCAAUGCAUAUUUUUUUGAUCUUUUCCUUUUCCCUUCUUUUUUGAUCGCUGCAGAGAAAUGGAAACUCCUGUGGGUUUAAGAUUCUGUCCGACCGACGAGGAGAUCGUCGUCGAUUACCUUUGGCCGAAAAAUUCCGAUAGAGACACGAGCCAUGUCGAUCGAUUCAUUAACACAGUCCCUGUCUGUAGACUCGAUCCUUGGGAGUUACCUUGCCAGUCAAGGAUCAAACUGAAAGAUGUGGCUUGGUGUUUCUUCAGACCUAAGGAGAACAAAUAUGGCAGAGGUGAUCAGCAGAUGAGAAAAACGAAAUCUGGGUUUUGGAAGAGUACUGGCAGACCAAAGCCUAUCAUGCGUAAUCGCCAACAGAUCGGUGAGAAAAAGAUUUUGAUGUUUUACACGAGUAAGGAAUCCAAAUCCGAUUGGGUUAUACACGAGUACCACGGUUUCUCUCAUAACCAGAUGAUGAUGACAUACACACUCUGUAAAGUUAUGUUUAAUGGUGGCAUGAGAGAGAAGUCUUCCUCUUCUCCUUCUUCUUCUGGUGUUAGUGGAAUUGAGCAGAGUCGUCGUGACUCUUUAAUCCCUCAGCUUGUCAACAAUUCUGAGGGAUCCUCACUUCACAGAGAAGAUCCAAGUCAGUUUGGUGAUGUGCUGCAAGAAGCUCCAAUCGAGGAUGCUAAACUGACCGAGGAAUUGGUAAAAUGGCUGAUGAAUGAUGAGGAUGAUGCUCAAAUCGAGGAUGCUAUACCGAUUGAGGAAUGGGAAACAUGGUUGAAUGAUAUUGAUGAUGCUAAGGAGAAGAGUAUCAUGUUUAUGCAUGAUAAUCGAAGUGAUUACAGACCUCCAAACUCAUUAACUGGUGUCUUCAGUGAUGAUGUUAGCAGUGAUGAUAAUGAUUCUGAUUUGCUAACUCCAAAAACAAACUCUAUUCAAACUUCGAGCACUUGUGAUAGUUUUGGUAGCUCAAAUCAUCGCAUAGACCAGAUCAAAGACCUGCAAGAAUCUCCUACCUCAACAAUCAACUUAGUGUCACUAACUCAAGAGGUGAGCCAAGCUCUAAUAACCAGUAUUGAUACCGCCGAGAAGAAGAAGAAUCCUUAUGAUGAUGCACAAGGGACUGAGAUUGGUGAGCAUAAAUUGGGUCAAGAGACGAUCAAGAAGAAAAGAGCUGGUUUCUUUCACAGGAUGAUACAAAAAUUCGUCAAGAAAAUUCACCUAUGUUCUUCCAUCUCAAGAACUUGAUAACAAUAAAAGUGAUCAAUAACACCUUUUCUACUUUCCAAAUUAUUUACAACAGUACAAGUGUAUGCUAUGAUGUCUAUCUUGGUUUGUAACUUUACCAUACUGUAUGUGUGAUAUGUAUAAAACUGGUAAAUUUGUGAAGACAAAUUUGUAUCCAUUGACAUAAUAAUGUCUAUCUUGUUUUGUUACUUUCUCAUCUUGUAUGUAUGCUCCAUUGUGAAGACAAAGUUGUAUAAUUUCUGCUCAUACAGC